UCUCAUUCCCCUGUGUAUUUAUACCUGUCCUUCUCAGUUGCACUUGGCUAGUUCGUCUUAUCCUGCUUUUCGAGUCCCGAGCCCUUAUAUUCCUUUACCCCAGUUUUAGCCUCCUUGUUCCCGAGCCCUUGCCCUAGUUUUUGUUUUCUGGAUUCUCGUUUAUGACCCCUGCCUGCUUCUCUGGACUCGUUUUGUGGAUAUCUGUACCUCUGCCUUGUUUGGAUUGACCUCCUGGUUUUUUAACUCUGCCUGUUUUUGAAUACGCUCUGUCUGCCCAUUAUCCUCCUGCUAUUAAACCUGCCAUUUUCUCACAUCCCAGUGUCUGCUAUUGGUUCCUCUGUUCAACCCAUCGUGACAGCUUGUCAGGUUAUGUGUUUUUCAUUGUCUAGGUUUUGUCUAAGUUGUUUAUUAUCCUCUGUGCAUCCCCAUUCAUUCAUUUCACCUGUUUUCACUUGUUAUAGUGCACACCUGAUUGAUUUCCUGUCUUUAUUCCUCUAUAAAAACCUGUCUGUUUUGUUAGUUCUCUGCCAGAUUGUUAUGUGUCAAGACUAUACUCGCCAGUGUUUUCUGAUUGAUCACUGUUACAACCUGUUUUGUCUCCGACUUCUGCGUUUUGAUUUUCACGUCUCUUUAAUAUUGAACCGUAGUUUAUCGACCUGUUUUUGUAUAUCGGCUUUUGUUUUCGGAUUCUUUUUUUGUCUGCAUAGCCCGCCUGUUGUCGACCCUUCGCCUGUGACCACGGCUACAUUUUGGAUUAUCCGUAUUGUGCCUGUUUGCUGGAGAGUUGACCCAUUGUCUGGACUAUUAACCACAAACUGCCUUACCCCUGCAGAUUCCGUUUGCAGCUGUGUACUUCGAUGCAAUUAUGCCAGAGCCUGACAUCACUGUGACAGUGGCUUCCCCUCAAGAAUAUGGUUCUGAUUAUUAUUACAAUUACUACUAUGCUCUUUCUGAUGACUCUCACCAGAGCUAUGCACCGUGUGAGAAAACGCAUGUGAAGGCAUUCAGCAGGAUCUUCCUGCCUGUUUUUUAUGCCUUUGUGUGCGCUCUUGGCGUUGUGGGAAACACACUUCUGGUCUUUAUUUUGGUCAAGUACAUCAAAUGUUCUAGUGCAGCAUCUAUAUAUCUUCUAAAUAUGGCUGCAUCUGACAUUCUAUUUGCAGUGACGCUCCCAUUUUGGGCAGCCUACGCCCGUUCGGAGUGGAUGUUUGGUGACGUUGGGUGCAAGACAAUCACAUUGAUUUACACAGUCAACUUGUACAGCAGCAUCUAUUUUAUUACAUGCAUCAGCCUGGAUAGAUAUCUCUAUAUUGUCUGGGCCUGGCCUACAAACAGCUUUAGAAUAUUGCCUAAGAGCUAUGUGAUGUGCAUUGUAGUGUGGGCUGUCUCUUUUUUGGCUGCAGCUCCAGAUCUGAACUUUGUGAAGCUGCAAGAGUUUAAUGGGACGAAGACGUGCUCACAUGAUUUCGGAGGUGAGCACAUGUCACUGUGGAGAAUUUUCAUCAAGUUCCAAAUGAACAUUAUAGGAUUUCUCAUACCCUUCCUGGCAAUGCUUUUCUUCUAUCUGAGCAUCUACUGCAUUGCGCUUAAAUUUAAGGUGGGAAAGAAGUCCAGGACUUUGAAGCUGGCAGUUGCCUUGGUUACGGUCUUCUUUGUGCUCUGGUUCCCGUACAAUCUAGUCUUAUUUUUACACUCCCUUCAAGACAUCCAUGUGUUUUCCGAUUGCUCCACCAGCCAAAGGCUAGACUUUGCGAUCAGCAUCACAGAGAGCCUGGCCUUUAUACACACCUGUCUGAAUCCCAUUCUUUAUGGAUUUGUAAACAAAAGAUUCCGUAGGUGUCUCUUCAAGAUCCUGGAAAAGGUCUGUAAGAGAGGAAGGGUAUACUCACUGGAAUGUACAUCUUCCCAAUCGAAUGCCGGGAUUGAACUGACAAUGGUAGAAAAUGUUCAAUGAAUCUGAACAAGGUGGGCCUCUGAACUACUCAGAAACUAAAAAUUACUCCCUACGCCUGGCAGGAGUAAAAAAGCCACACAUGAGAUCCAGUUUUAUUUCCAACAGACCAACUCCAAUGCUGUAAGUGCAUUCAUUUGUAUUUCCUUUGCAGUUGUUUGCCCAUCUUAAUGUUGCAAAUAUUGCAUAUAAUCAAUUUCUUUUUUUUAAAAUUUACUCUUUGUUUUUGUUCAAUAUCUCCUUUCCAAGGGUGACCUGGCCAAAAAUGGCACCCAAGGUUACACAACAAAUGCAUAACAUAUGCAAUGCAGUUGAAAUAUUCUACAUUGUAUUUCAUUACAAAAAUGUAACACAUCAUUUGUGCAAUAUACACAAACAUAUACACAAAAAAGUGACCAUUGCAUUUUUAUGAUACCCAUAGUAAAUUGUUCAAUAAUAAUGUACAAGCAUGAAUUUGUUUGUUCUAAUUUGGCUUGUAUUCUAGUUCAUGGAUUUAGAGGAGUUACAUUUUUAAACAUGCAUAGCCUAGGGGUCAGUAAAUGAUUUUUAUGUGAUUAUCCAAUCAGCCAAUUGUGUGGCAGCAGUGCAAUGCAUACAAUCAUAUAGAUACAGGUCAGGAAAGCUGACAGGAAGUUGACAGUAAUGCAAAUAACCACACAUUACAACAGUGCACCUCUGAACAUGCAACGCAUCAUAACUCUACGUGAAUAGACUACAACAGUAGAAGUCUAAUAAAUACCUAAUAGAGUGCUCACUGACUGUAUAUCAAUUACUUGAAGUGCUGGAUUAUUAUAGUGUUAAAAUGUUAUUGCUUUUACUGUUUGAUAACUGAGAAUAUGGGAAUAUAAACUGGUCAUUAGAAUAAAAAAUGUAUUCCACAUAAUACAUAUGUUAGUUGCUCCUACCCAGUUCCUAUAGUUAUUAAACAUUACUGCUCUCUAAAAAUUAUAUGAGCUGCAAAGCCCAUGGUAGAGUUGGCAUUGAUAUUAAAAGUCAUAUGUAAGUUAUGAGCACACCUAGACAUAAUUGGAACACACCCUUUGGUUCCUUUUCUUAAAGAUGGAGACCACAUACAGCCUCCCUGGCCAGAUCUAUGCCAAGGUGCUAGAAAGGAGGUUCUGGCUGAAAGUCAAACCUCAUUUUCAGGAGGAACAAUGUUGCAUGGCCCCUGGCAACUUUUUACACUCUUGCCGAUUUUAGCGGGCAUUACAAUUUGCUUAUCCAGUCUAAAUGUAUUUUGUGGACUUGGAGACGGCGCUGCGGGAGUACGGGGUGCUGGGGUUGCCAUUUGGUUUCUGUAAACUCUGACCGAGAGCUGUGUUUACAUUCUCGGCAUUAAUACAAGCUUGUUCCAUUUGGGUGAGGGACUCCUGUUCCUGGGAUUCAUGGACAGGACCCCAAGCUGCAGCAGAGGGCUGGAGUGUGUCUGGUUUAGGGACAUAGGGGUGACAUCUCUGUUGUUUGCAGUUGAUGUUGUCCUUCUUGCCUCAUCAUACAGCAACCUUCUAUGUGUACUGGAAUGGUUUACAGCUAAGGAUGAUGUUGUUCGGAUUUGGAUCAGCACUUCCUGGUCUGGGCACGCGUUCCAGCCAUGUCCACCUGGGAGGAGAUAGAAGUAGUUGCCAGGGAGAGGGACGUUUGGGCUGCGCUGCUUGUCCUGUUGCCAACGUAACUCUGACCUGGAUUAUAAAAUAAAGAAAUUUUACAUAUAUAUUAAAGUCCACUUACAUCAGCAGUUGUGGCCGAUCCUGUGUGUUCAGGAUGACAAGGCGAAUAGUUUAUUUUAGCAACAGCUCUGACAGAUCAUGCUGGCCGGCAAAAAUUACUGCAGAGAAAUUUGUUUUUGAGGAAUGAUACAAUUAUUAAGUUGCAUUACUUGAGAUGGACCAGCAGAUGUCAGUGUUCGUUUACUUAAAGGGAUACUGAACUGGCUACUUCAUUUUAAUGUUUUUUGUCAUGGGAACACCAAUUGUGUUUGUUAGCUGAUUGCAAUUACUGCAUUGACCUUCAGCAAGCUCAAAUGCUCUGCCCAGAAAUGUUGGGAAGCCACCACUUUCACUCUGCAGUCCGCCAGCUGCGUUGUGCAGUUCAUGUCUAGCUUAUGUGUAGCUUGUGCAUAGUUACAAUUCUGGAUUUAGAUUUUAAGUAAUAUAUACAAAUAAUAUUAAAAUAUUUUGUGGUACUUCAGAUGCCUUUUGUGGUUAUAUGAAGAUAUUAAUCUUUUCUGAAUCAGAACAUGGGACAUAUGGAGUAUGUUUUCACUGCAGUAUGUUUAGUUCUGUCU